AUGCAUGGUUUCUGCAAURUGUCAGAACAAGCAUAUGGCGCUUGCGUAUAUGUCCGGUCAAGAGAUGCCAAUGGAWAAUGGCACUCAAGGCUACUGUGUGCUAAAACUCGGGUUGCACCGUUGAAGGGAGCUACAAUUCCAAGACUGGAAUUGAACGGUGCAAUGUUGCUAGCCGAGCUAGUGAAUAAGGUAGCUGAAUCUUGGAUGGUCAGUGUACACACUUUUCGCUUAUGGACCGAUUCUAUGAUAGUGCUGAGUUGGCUAAACAGUCAAGGAGUGCGCUUAAAAACCUUCGUGUUAAAUCGUGUGAGUCAAAUCCUGGAAUUAACAGAUAUAUCACAAUGGCAUCAUUUACGCACAGAUAGAAAUCCAGCAGACAUAAUAUCACGAGGAAUAACCUCAUCAGAGUUGAUAGUAGCCGAAGAAUGGUGGCAAGGACCUAAAUGGAUGUCAACYGAAGAAGAAAAAUGGUCUCACCCCACUGCCCAAUUAAUUGAAGACGAUCAAAUACCAGAGCAACGACAGUUAAAAUUGCAUUAG